AUGUCAAUGCUGGUGGUUUUAUGGCUUUUGGCGUUAUGCCAAAUUGUGCUGGUGCUGGUUUCUCCUCUAUUUAAGUCAUGGCAGCCCUUUAGGUGGUAUUACGCAGCAGUUUUCCGGCCUCUAUUCAGGCAAGAGGAGGAGUACAAGUGGAAGUAUUGGUUGGUGCCUGCGUUUUAUACUGGGAUAUACAUAUACUGCAGCUUUGUUUUUUAUGUGCAUGUUUAUGGAGAAAUCCGUAGUGGGUUGUAUACGCUAGAGGCUAGGUGUCUUCCUGUAGUAUUGGCUCUACCACUGCUGUCGGGAUAUUACACAAUAGUCACAUCGCCGCAUGACACGAUUACUUACGUAGGCCCCGAGAUACCGUUUGAUGGGAUUAUAUUCCAUGAUAACAUUGUUUGUCGCAGUUGUCGGUUGAAGAAAGCUGCCAGAUCGAAGCAUUGUUCUAUAUGCGGGAGGUGUAUACUUGUUGCGGACCAUCAUUGUGUGUGGUUGAACAACUGCAUUGGGCUUGGAAAUUAUCAAUAUUUCUACUUGUUUCUUCUCUCUAAUUGCUCCAUGCUUUCUUAUGCCACCAUUCGCUUGUCCAGCGUAGCACCUUCUGGUUUAUGGCGUUCGAAUAAGUCUUUUUUGUCCUUGAUGAUACUGGUAUGCUGCUUUGCUGUGAUUUCCAUUAGUUUCACUUAUAUGCAGUUUGCCCUUGUUCGCGAUGGGAUGACUACAAACGAAAAAGAUAAGUGGUACACAAUCCACAAAUUAAUGAGGAACGAGCAGCUAUUGAAGCUUAACAAUGAUUGUAAAUUCUACAUUCGCAUUAAAAACAGUCCGACUCCUUCUUCUCACACCUCGACCUCGACAAGGACGACACAUUAUCAGUAUGAAUACUACAGUACAAAUCCCUACGACCCGAAGACAUAUUCGCUUUCUGAUACGUCAUACCAUGUAGUAAAUUCUUACCAAGAUAUACCAAAUAUAUACGACCGCUGUUCCUUUUGGCAAAAUCUCAAACAGAGGUGCGUUCUUUGA